AUUCAUCUUCCAUACUGCAUUGGCUCCAUUGGUUUGUGUUUCUAUCUCCAGCUUCCCUUCCACAUCACCACCUUCUCUCUCUCUCUCUCUCUCUCCCUCUCUCCUCCUCAACCAACCUAUGUCAGACUAUUUCAUAACAUCCCCAAAGCCUUGCUCGAGCAAACAAAUCAACCACAAGAAGCUAUUCAAAAGAUUGUCUCUCUUCUUCUCCUUGAUUUUCUCCACAGUUAUGAUCGUCCUCCUUAUUUGGUAUGCUGUUCAUCCUUCCAAGCCCCAGUUUUCUCUGCAGGAUGCUGUCAUCUAUCAGAUGAACCUCUCAAGCGAGCACCUUCUUACCUCAGCCAUGCAGGUCACUCUGGUCUCCAAGAACCCCAACCAGAGAAUUGGCAUAUAUUAUGACAAGCUUGGAGCCUAUGCUUCCUAUAAGGGGCAGCAGAUCACCAUGCAAUCCUUCUUCCCUCCUUUCUACCAGGGCCAUGAAGAUGUCAAUGUCUUAUCUUCAUGGUUGGCAGGAAACUUGGUCCCGGUAUCGCCGUCUUUCGCCUAUGACAUGGGCACCGACCAGCCGGCGGGCGGGUUCCUAUUGAAUGUGAAGUUGGCCGGCAGAGUAAGAUGGAAGGUGGCCACCUGGACUUCUGGUCACUAUAAUUUGGAGGUAAAGUGUGAAGCAUUCAUGGCUUACACCAAGUACAGUGCUUCUGGUAGCCCUGUCAGCUUGAUGCCUGGUUCACAGUGCCAUUCAUCAGUUUGAAGGACCAACAGUUGGCUUGUAGUUAUUGGAAUUAGCUCUUCUUAGUGAUGCAUGUAUAGGGAAUAGUUCAAUAUGUUCGUGUUAGAGUAAGGUUUUGAUUGAGGAAAGGAGGGUUUUAGGGACUAAAUAAACCAAAAAAGAGAAGUGGAAGAUGAGGAGAGGAAAAAGAAAACCUUCCUUCACCUUGUUGACUAGACAUCUACUUGUGAUUGUACACUUGAUUGUAUUUAUAAUAAGAUGAAAUUAAGCA